GUCGUAUUUCCUCCCCCCGCAAAUUAUACCCCAGAGCGUGCCUAUCUGCCAUGACACACUCUCAUUUCCUAUCCCUCCCGGCCGAACUAAGAAAUGCCAUCUAUGUCUUCGUUUUUCCAACUCACGAUCACCUGAAGAGAUUAAAUGACGCUGAAGCCGAGCAAAGAGAUGUGCUCGAUGUCUCAGGGCCCCGAGCCUUUCGCUGUGCAGGAAGGGACCUUGCGCUCCUGCUCGUCUGUCGCCAGGUGUAUUCCGAAGCGCAUGUUCUCGCCUUCAGCCUCACUAAGUUCUUAGUGCUUCAUGAAUCUGCAGAAACAACUCGUCAGGCGCUCAUCUUUGCUAAAUUUCCCACCGAAAAGCUCUCUUGCAUCAAGUCCCUGACUAAAAUCGUCCACACACCCUUUUUCUAUUCUGAAGAGCUCCUUCUCUCGAUCGUUCAAAUGGCCCUUAUACCAGAGCUAAAUUCGCUUGAGGAGGCUACGCUCUUCUGCUCGCGUCCUCAAAGCUGUCGGUUACACCCUAGUCGCGGAUAUACUUUCUUCAAGAGUGAUUAUUACGAAAAGUGGUUUGCAAAGUAUGCCUUAGCGCCUAAGGGUGAUUUCAGGGUCACCGCAAGGGUGUUCAAGGACGCAGAGGAUAAAAUUGGUAGGAGGGUUGGGAGAGGAAGACCUAUGACAAGACAGGAACAUUGCGUAGAAUGGUCUGUGACGUGGAAGGAGCCGACUGAAAGCGGAGAAAGAGAACGGAAGUUGACCAUAAGAUUGAUAGAGAGGAUGAGAUAUGAUGCUGAGUGACUGCGAGGAAAUCAUCUUUGAGGGUAGUAUUCCCCGAUAUUCGAGUUAAUUCCGAGUUAAGGCAAAGAUACGAAUCUCUGAGACUCUUCGCUGACACCUCUUCGGUUCUUGGUCGAGAGAGGCGGAGAUGCCCUACAGACAACAACUAUGAAGACAAGAGAAUCGCAACAGUUGGACAUGCCACGGGCUAUUUAAAGGCUAGCUUGCUGCUGCGGUACAACACUUAGAAACCAUACUGUUAGUGACAAUAUGGCACAGAGUAUGCUAAGUUCAGAGUUACAUAGGAGAAGACUGCCGUGCCUAUUACUGGCUCCAGGGGGCUCUUGAGGAAGGUACCUUCAACAAGAAGAAAAGCGGAGUGGUUGUAGCCAUACUUUUGGAAGCCACGUCUUUCUCACGCUUGUGCUUAAUAAGACAUUCCGGACUUUGUGAUUCAUA